AUGGCUCGCGACGUCCGCGCCAGUUGCAAGAUGGAGCGGUCCGUCCUCGAAGCCCGGAGCCUCCGCUGCUUGGGCACGGAGGGACACUUCUGGCUUUUAGACAUGGCGCGGGACUACUAUGCCUUGCUGGACAUUCCGCGAUCCGCAACAACCCGGCAAAUUCGCUCGGGAUACCAGUGGGCUGCGGCAAAGUGGCAUCCACAGAAGAAUCCCGGUGCGAAGGUAGAGGCGCAGUCGCGCUUCCGGGACAUUGCAGAAGCUUAUGAUGUGCUAAUAGAUCCGUUGAGACGACAGCAGUUCGAUGCCCAUGGAGAGGUCGGCUUGAAGAACCCGCCUCACGACGCAGAUUUCGAGCCUUACCAGUAUGUGGGCGAUCCCUUUGAGCUUUUCAAUCAGUUCUUUUCCUCUGCCGACCCUUUGAGCGUGGCGUACGAGCCGGAAUUGGAAGACCUUCCAGUGUUGCCCUCGAUGCCAAAGGAGUCGACGAUCGAGAUGGAGAUCGAAUGCACCCUUAGCGAGCUCAAGGAGGGCAGCACCAGGUGCGUGGUGGUAGAGCGAACCCGGCUGGGUCCGGGCUUCAUUCCAUACCAGGAGAAGAAGCCAGUGACGCUACCCAUCAGACCGGGCUGGCAAGCCGGAAUGAGGAUCAUUUUCAAGGGCGCUGGCAACCACAGUCAUAAGGACAACCAGCCUGGAGAUCUGGCUGUUCGCAUCAGCCAGAAAAUUAGCCAAGAUCUACCCACAGAGCAUGAGUCGCGAAAGCUGAUAUCUGUCGGCAACUACGUUCCUCGCAAUGGCUGUGCGAAGCUGAGCUUCUGUCGAGAGCUGUGGGCAUCAUUGCUCUCAGAGGAUCUGGACUCAUACAGUGGCCAGUAUGGGACACACGGUGCCAUCCAGCGGCUGCAGUUCAUCGCAACGCAGACGCAGAAAGUCAAUCUGAAGAUCGAAGCCCUGAAGCUUUGCUUGGAUUUGAUGAAGCGCACGACGAACUGCAAAGGGUAUACGGAGGUGCAUAAUGGACUCAAGGAGUUGUUGGAAGGGAAUGAGUCAGCGCUGCCGCCCUAUGACCAAGUCUGGGUUGAAGCUACGCAGAAGCAGAACGGAAUCCUGAAGGACCUCUACGAGCAGGACCUGAAUCAGGCCAAAGCGUCUCAGAUGAAGGAGAACAUCCGACAGUGCUACCAUCAGCUCACCAACCUGUGCCUUGAACAGGGCGACUACCCGACCGCUGAGAAAUACUUGGCGAGGAGCCGUGAGUUCUGCACAGAACCGCAGGCCGUGUUUGCUACCUGUAUGACCAUCAUCAGACUGCGGGCUUUGCAGCGCCAGUAUUCUGAUAUCCAGAAUUUCACCAGCAAAGCCCACCACACUCCUUUCAAGGAUGAAGCCAGCCAAUCGAGAAUUUUCGCAUCAUAUGGUCUGUACAACAUGACAACUGGCAAGUACAAAGAUGCCGCCACGAGCUUCUCGCAGGUGAAACCGCAGGAUCUGGGCAGUUCCUUCUCAGACAUUCUCAGCCCUCAAGAUGUCGCUUUGUACGGCGUGCUUUGUGGCCUGGGCUCACUGGAUCGGGCGGAGGUGCAAAGCAAGCUGCUGGAUUCGCCGACCUUCCGGGAAUGCCUGGACAUGGCCCCGCAGCUCCGUGAUCUGGCCAUCGACUUCUGCAGCUGCAGGUACGCAGCUUGCUUGGCUUCUCUGGACCGGUUGAAGGAGCCACUGUCGCUGGAUGUGCAUCUGAGUGGCCAAGUGGCCAACCUUUGUGAACAGAUCCGGAGCAAAGGUAUUGUUCAGUACUUCGCCCCCUUCCUGUCCGUGUCUCUCCACCGCAUGGCGGAAGCCUUCAAUACCGAUGUGGAGUCAAUGCAGAGGGAGGUUGCGAAACUCAUCGGGCAGCGUCAGUUGGAUGCAAAGAUCGAUUCGCAAAGGAAGAUCCUUCAUGCAAGCCAUGCCGAUCAAAGACGCUCAACGUACAACAAUGCCCUGCGUGUCAGCAAUGACUUUCUGGAUGGUCGGGUCAACUUCGCGGACUUCGUGCUGAAAGCUUCCGGGAAAUCGCAGACACUGCAGGCGGUGGAGCGACUGAGGCAGAACGGUUUUCUAACUGAUGCCAAGGAGUACACCGUCGCCAUCAAUGCAGUCGGGCGAGCCGAUGCAUGGCCUCAGGCCCUUGGCCUCCUUGGGGCAUUGCUUCAGGAAGGUCUCCAGGCUAACGAGAUUAGCUUCGGGACAGCGAUCAACUCCGUGAAAUCAUGGAUCACUGGUUUAUCGCUGUUAGAUGAGCUUGUGCGGCGAGGGCUGCCUUUGUCAGCAGCGCACGUGACUGCACUGAUUCGAGUGUGCACUGGGUCCCUACAAUGGGCGAGGAGUUUGCACCUCUACCAGGUCUUGAUGGAUCGCGGUCUGCAGCCUGAUGCGCAACUGCGGGGUGUUCUUAUCACCAGCCUGGGACGCAGCAGUAACUGGGCAGAAGCCCUUUCGGUUCUACAGGACUCGAUCUUCUCGUUGAACACUCUUUGCUUCAACGCCGCCAUCACGGCCUGUGAGAAAGGCCAGCAGUGGAUGCAGGCCUUGGCAGUCCUGGAUGCCCUGACAGCUGUCAGAGUUCCAGCGGACACUGUCUCCUACAGCGGGGCCAUCAGUGCCUGUGAAAAGUGCCGGCAGUGGGAGCGUGCUCUGGCUUUACUGGGCCAGUUGCAGAGGUGCCAGCUGCUUCCUGACACGAUCGCCUGCAGUGCAGCCAUCAGUGCUUGCGAGAAAAGCGGUCGUUGGCAACAGGCCCUGUCCGUCUUGAGCACGAUGCUUGAAGAACGGUCCCGCACAGACCUGGUCAUCUUCAGUGCUGCCAUCAGUGCCUGCGAGAAAGGACGCAAAUGGCAAGAAGCUCUGCAGCUGCUCCGCAUGGCCCUGCAGCGGUUCAGGCCUGACAUCACGCCUUACAACGCUGUGAUCAGUGCAUGCGCAGCGGACGGAUGCAAUGGAUGGCAGAUGGCGGUGCAGCUCUUCUCAGAAGCUCUGCACACUCUGCAUCUGUCAGUUGAUGUCCUGACAGGAAGCUCUGUGAUCGCUGCAUGUGCAGAGGCCAGAGAGUGGCAACCUGCCCUGCAGCUGCUCAAGGAAUUGCAGCAGCAGCGUGUCAGGUUGAACAUCAAAGUUUACAAUGCAGCCGUCACGGCGGCAUCGGAAAGACCCCUGAUUGCUCUGAAAGUUGUGGAGGAGAUUGAUGAUUCGCGUCUCGAGCCAGAUGUUCUCACGUACAUGCCCCCAGCAGAGGCAAUUGCCGAGAACGGUUUUCCCCCCUUGCAGCGGCAAUCUCAGUUCACAGAGGUGCUUGCUUCCCUGGUGAAGGCUACCGAGUUCGCACUUUGUGAGAGUGCUUCUCAAUGCGCCCCGACAGUUCUUGCACUGGACUUGCUCACAGACUCGGGAUGUUUUCAGGCUUGCCAUGGUGCGCUGCAG